AUGGACUCACGAUGCUCUAGAAAGCAGUCCAGGCUAUUGCCUACGCAGCUCCUGCCGUUUCUCUUCUUUUUCCUUCUGCUCACCUUGUCGCAAUUUCGAGCCGACGCAUCACCGGGUACGUGCGCCGUCGCCGGGGAAUGCGACGCGAGUGGCGACAACGCAGCGGAAGCAGCAGCGACAACAGAAAAGGACGCGAACCUAACGGACCGUACAAAUGUCGACGGCAAAACCGGUGAAGACGGGAACGCUCGCGUGGAUCUGUACGCGUUAUUGGCAGACGGACAUGCCAAGCUCAAGGCGAGGAACUAUGAGGAGGCAAUCGACUUGUACAACAAGCUGGACGCGGUUCUCUCCCGCCUCUACGGCUUCAUGCUGCACGGCAGGGGCGUUGCACGCUCCAUGCUGAAGCAGCACCAGCAGGCGGCUCUUGACUUGAAGCAGGCAGUGGAGAAGCAGCCGCACAAGGCAAACUACUGGGUGGAGCUGGGGCAGGAGUACACACUUUUGAACGACUAUGCCAACGCCCACAAUGCGUUUGUCAAGGCAGUGGAGCUCGACCCCUACAACGACAAGGCCCGGCGGUUCCGAGGCAUGAGUGCGUUUGAGAUAGAGCACUACGCAGCAGCACUCGACGACCUCGUCCCUGCACUCACCCGUGACCCGACCAACACCCAGCUGCUCACGCAGGUCGGGAACUCGCUGCUGCGCCUGAACCGCUACCGCGAGUCACAGCCGUUCUGGGAGGCGGCUGUACAGGCGGACCCAGGGGAGGCAAGCCCAGAGGAGGGCGAGGCGUGGGUGCAGAAGGGCAUCACACACCGCAUCCUGGGCGAGGCGGACAAGGCUGUGGACUCGCUGCUCAUGGCGCUCUCUGUGCAAGAGAACAUUGAUGCAUACCGCAACCUAGUCGCCACGAGGCGCUAUCAAGGGGAUCACUGGGGCGCCAUAGAGUGGUGCAACAAGGGCUUGGCGUUUAGCCCAGAGGACAGCGAGCUGCUGUACGUGCGGGCCUCCAUGCACCACGCCCUGGGCGACCAUGCUGCAGCCCUCUCCUUUUACGACCAUCUCCUUGCAACAGCCACAGAGCAGCACAUGACAUUCAACCAGGCAGUCGCCUUUUACCAGCGGGAGGUGCUGCUAUACACGGUGGCGCGGCUCGACCAGCCCUUCUCAGCCUUUCAGAUAGACGACGACAUGGAUGUGGACUUCAAGGUGGCGUGGCUUAACAGGAGGGUGCCCCCUGGCCUGCCAGACUACCAGAACCUCUCUGUCUCUACCAGCCAAUUGGAGCGCGCCACGUGGCAGUUGCUGCCACAGCUGUCAGAGGAGGCGUUGGCUGUGAUCGCAGCGGCUGAUGAGAUUGGCUGGCGGGCCCACUACGAUACGGAUGGCGUGAUGCCAAACAAGCAGCAGCUGCGCAUGGCAGGGCUGGCAGCCCUAGACGUGAUGCAGCGGGUGCGGGCCACAUGGGAGGCCAUAGCAGACGGGGGGCGCCUGCCCAGCAUCGUGAACGACGAAGACGAGGAGGAGGAGGGGGGAAGGGGAGAGGACGAGGGAGACAAGGACGGCGAGGGCCCAUGGGACGGGCUCACGUCGCCUCCUCGGAUGCCGUGGAGUCGUUUUUCAGGCAGCGGUGGGAGCAGUGGUAGUGGUGGGAGCAGUGGCAGUGGUGGGAGCAGUGGGAGUGGUGGGGACGGUGGGAGUGGAGGGAGUGAGUCCGUGCAGCUGGUGGGCAGCUGGAGGCAGCUGUUCCAAGUCAUGGUGCCGUGGAGACAACUCUCCGACCCCACUGAGCCUCCGCUCUGGAAGGCCAUGUUCAAGAACCAGCGCUUCCAGGGUAACUUUCAAUCGUUCACUCCAAUCCACACGUGGAAGCAGCUCAGCGCCAAGUACAAUGCCAUCUAUGACAGGGCAGUGGAGGUGACACGGCGGGGGCUGCUGGAGGGGCAGGAGGCAUUGGAUGAGGAUGGCAACGUUAUCCCUGUCCCCCGUGACGUGUACGGACCCAAGAUAGAAGCAGCAAAGGGCCAUGAGGGGCUGUACCAUGCAAUCGGUCGGGACUUCUACCUGUGCCUGCCCUUGCACAGCAUGGCCAACCCUGGGACCAUUCUGCACGGGACAGAGUUCAAGCUGGAAAAGAAGGCGCUGUCGAUUGACUUCCAGACAUACACCAAGAACUCUGCCACGCAGUGGGGUCAGCUGGAUGACGAGCUCACUGCCGCCUGGGAGAGCCUCUCAGCAGCGGUGCUAGAUCUACCCACGCGGGCCACAGACAGCAGUCUGUACCAGCAGCGCAUCAGAGAGGGAAUUCUGCGCAUCAGCUACUACUGGUUCCAGCUCAUGCCGCUGUCGCGGGGUUCGGCCAUGGUGGGGCUGGUUUCCAUCCUCGGCCUCUCCAUGGCUGCUGACAUGCAAACCACAACGCGCAUCCCAAGGGAUGUCCUGGUUGACUGGGAAGGGCUGUUUGCAACUCGCUUUCAAGACUUCUACGAUGCGGUUGCUCCAUGGCUCUAUUCUUCUGUUAAGCGGCCGCCUUGGCACCUCCCUAUUGUGCGAGAGGUGCUGCCAACCACACGCCACGUACUGGCUGCUCUGAGUUACAAAUGA